AUGACUUCUGGACCAGAGACCACCGCUCAACUGCAGUGCUUGCAGAAAGGCGGCCCCUUCCAGAUCGUACGCGUCCCCAAGCACACCAUCGCAACCGAUGAGGUACUCGUCCGCCAGCGUGUAAUUGCUCUCAAUGGCCUAGACUACAAACAGCGUGAUCUAGGAUUAUUCAUCGAGCGCUGGCCGCACGUGCUUGGCAUCGAAGGUGCCGGCGUUGUUGAGGCUGUCGGAUCAGAGGUCAGGGGCCUGCAGCCAGGGGAUGAAGUCACAGGAUUUAUGGCUGGAAGAGCACACGGCAAGAGCUGGGGUGGUGCGUACCAGGAACAUGUCGUAAUGCCAGAACGCUAUCUGGCUAAGAAGCCGAAAAACAUCAGCCUUGAAGAAGCUGCGUCUUUGCCAAUCUGCUACAACGUCGCUUUCUGUGCGCUUUACCUCACGGGGGUUGACAUUGCGAUUCCGAAAUUCCAUUCAUCAUUGGCAGAGGUACAGCGCACACCAAAGUCCAUUCUGAUCCUCGGCGGUAGCUCAGCCAUUGGUGCUAGUGCAAUUCAGCUGCUCCGGUUGACAUAUCCUACGCUACCCAUCUUUGCGACAAGCUCGCAACAACAUCACUCUCAUCUUCUGUCCAUCGGUGCAACAGCAAUCUUCGAUUACCACUCUUCGACUGUCGCAUCGGACAUCAAAGCUGCGUCACCAGAGUCUCGGGGGGUUGACAUGAUCAUUGAUUGCGUGGCCUCGGGCGCGACCCAACUGGACAUCUGCGAUGCGCUCGACCCCGCUGGACUCAUGAAAUAUGGUUUGAUAGUAACGGGCGUCGAUGUGCCGGUGCCAGAGGGAGUCAACAAGAUCAUGUGCGGUGGAUGGGCGCUAACGGAGAUGCCGAGCCGAGACGUCGUCAUCCCAGCACUCACAGAGUUGAUAGAAAGUGGCAAAUAUCAGGUGCCACUGCCAGUGACGGUGGUUGGGCACGGCUUAGAGCAGGUAAAUGAGGGUUUGGAGAAGGUCAAGAGCGGUUCACCAUUGGGAAUAGUGGCAGUCUUCAGCAAACUCUUGCGUCUUUCGAUAUUGCGAUUCCCAUUGAUCUUUGAACGCAAUCCCGUGGGAGACUCUCUUCCCUACACCUGCAACGCAUGCUUGGUAGCGUUUCGCACCAGUGAUGCGCAAAGGGAGCAUAUGCGCAGAGAUUGGCAUUUGUACAAUGUCAAGAGACGUGUUGCCUCUCUCCCGCCAGUCUCCCAAGAAGUCUUCACAGAGAAGGUCUUGACAGCCAGAGCCUCCUCCUCGGCCGCCGCCGCUAAAGCCUCAUUCGAAAAAACAUGUGACGCCUGCCAAAAGACGUUCUACAGCGAGAACUCGUAUCAGAAUCACAUCAAGAGCUCCAAACACAAGCUCCGUCAAAGUACUUUGAAGAAAAAGGGACUUGCUGAUGACUCCUCGUCCGUUAUAAGCUCGGCAUUCUCUCUUGGUGAUCCUAUCAGCAAGUCCGUGUCGGGCGAGACCGCAUCGACCGUUUCUCAUGUUACAAAUAAGUUGAAGAAUACUGCCAUUCAGGAAGAGGAGAAUGAAGAUGAGAAUAUGGAAGAGGGUGGAGAAGAAGACAGUGCGAAGUAUUCUGUGUCAAGCUGCUUGUUCUGCUCUGAAAAUUCAGCCGAUCUGCAAUCAAAUGUCGAUCACAUGUUCAAAGUCCAUGGCAUGUUCAUCCCAGAGAAGGAAUACCUCGCAGAUCUUGAAGGGCUUGUUCGCUAUCUUCAUGCAAAGGUUAACGAAAAUCACGAAUGUCUCCAUUGCCACGCUAUUAGAACUACGGCCGCUGGUGUCCGCACGCAUAUGCGCGAUAAGGGUCAUUGCAUGAUUGCAUUUGAGACCGAAGAGGAACAGAUUGAGAUUGGCCAGUUUUACGACUUUAGAAGCACGUAUUCUGAUGGCGAGGAUGAAGAUGAAGACAUGAUAGAUGACGAGGGCGGUGUGCCAGUGACAAGCUCAGACGCUGAUGAAGAGGGAUGGGAGACCGACGACAGUUCAGCAACUUCAGUGGAAUCCGACAGAGAACAGAAGCCCUACCGUGGAUCUCAGCCUGUUUAUGAAACGGACUAUGAGUUACAUUUACCCUCCGGCCGCAGUGUUGGCCAUCGAUCCCUGGCCAAAUAUUAUCGUCAGAACCUACACAGCUACCCUACAGCUGACGAGCGAGCGGCUCGCCAGCUUGCGAUCGAGAACGGUGAUGCCGAGGGAGACGCUGAGACUUCAAUGAUCAAGCGCAAUAAUCAUACGGCUAUAGUAUCUCGAGCAAAUGGGGGAUUGGGCAUGGUUGGCGCUACGGCUCAACAAAAGUCGGAGGCUCUGGCAUCCGAAAGGAGGGAACGCACUCGUGCUCAACGUUCGGAGCGGAAGUAUACUGCCAAGGUGAAUCGCCAGGCCAACAGCCAGAAACAUUUCAGAGACCCUCUCCUCCAAUAA